UGCUCACGGGAAGUCCAAUAAUUGUUAAUGGCGGGUAUUCUACAAAACAUGCGUAUUUUGUGCUAAUUUUUGCUAGCUAAUUUAGUUAUUGCUGCAAUAAUAUUGUAAUUUAUAACCACAUUGUGUUUGGAGCGUUUUUAGGUUACAAAGAAAGCGAAUAAACCCGACUAAGAUCACCAGAGGACUUUAUACCUGUUAUCAUGUGGCGGCUCACCGUUAACUAAUGUGUAAAAAAAAACUGAAAGUAGGUAGGACGACGAAAAGAGUUAUGUAUUAGCUUUAUUGUAAGUUAUGCUAGCUCACAGAAACGUCUGUCUCGGUGCUUCAACUUCGAUAUAGUUUCACCAGUAGUCGACUUGAUGAAACGAAGAAAGUUAAGCUAGUAUAGAAACUUGUUCAUUCAUUCGUCCAUUAGUGGUCAUAAAUCAUCGCAUGCUCCUGAAUCGGAAAUGAAUCUGUCCAAAGUGUUUGUGUUAAUAUUGAUAGCCGUCUCUCAAGUUAACUGUACCUCGAAAUUAAAUAUUCCUAAAGUGUUGUUACCGCUUGCAAGAAGUACAAGAAUUAACUUCACACUGGAAACUACUGAAGGGUGCUACAGAUGGUCUUCCACCAGGCCAGAGGUGGCAAGCAUCCAGGCUGUUGAUGAAGACAUUGGCCGAGGUUGCUCCCAGAGGGCUGUUCUUCAGGCUCUCUCCACCCAACCAUCUAGACUGACUAGCAUCAUUCUCGCUGAAGAUGUUGUUACAGGACAGGUACUACGUUGUGAUGCCAUUGUCGACAUCAUCAGUGAGAUUCAGAUUGUGUCCACCACCAGAGAGCUGCAUCUGGAGGACUCACCACUGGCACUUAAAAUUCAUGCACUGGAUUCUGAAGGAAACACAUUCAGUACCCUUGCAGGUCUAGUGUUUGACUGGACCUUAGUGAAAGAUGUAGAUGUGAAUGGAUUCUCUGACUCUUACAACUCAUUACGGGUACUUAAAUUUUCUGAGUCAACAUACACUCCUCCUGGAUAUAUAUCUGAAAUGGAGCGCGUUGGGAAACAGGGUGACAUUAUUUUGGUGUCAGGGCUGAAAACAGGACAUGCAAAGUUAAAGGCCAAAAUACAAGAAUCUUUAUAUAAGGAUGUGGGUGCUGCAGAGGUGAGGCUACUGAUCUUAGAGAACAUCCUGCUGAGCCCGGCGCAUGAUGUCUAUUUGUUGGCGGGAACUUCCAUCCGAUACAGAGUCCUGAAACUGAGACAGGGCACAAUCACAGAGCUCUCUAUGCCCUGUGAUCAGUAUGAACUGCACCUUCAGAACAGUGUGGUUGGGCCCAAUGUGAACCCAGACGUUUCUGUGGCCAGUCUGGAUCAAAGCACCUCCACAGUUACAGCAGUUCAACUGGGACACAUCAAUGUGGUUUUGGAUCAUAAGAGCCUUCGAAUGCAAGGAGUGUCGCGGCUGCCCAACAGCACACUUUAUGUUGUCGAACCAGGCUAUCUAGGUUUUAAAAUUGCUCCAGGUGACAGCUGGGUUCUUGAAACGGGCAGAGUAUAUGAUAUUCUCAUUGAAGUAUUUGAUAAAUCUGGAAACAAAAUUUACUUGUCUGAUAAUGUCCGUAUCAGCACUGUUUUCCCUACGGAGUAUUUUGAAGUCCAAGAGUCUUCUGUGAAUGGAUCAUAUCAUCAUGUCAGAGCUCUCAAAAAGGGCCUAACUCUCAUUGAUGCUACACUAAGAGCUGUUGAGGAUGAAAGUGGAAAGGUUCAUGCCCUUGCCAACCCAGUCCACAAUGAACAGGAUGUGGAAAUAUAUGACCCUAUAGUUCUUAGUCCAAGUAUUCUCACAUUUCCAUGGCAACCGAAGGUUGGAGUUUACCAGUACACAAUAAAGGCGACAGGAGGGAGUGGAAAUUUCAGCUGGUCUUCGUCCAAUACAGCUGUUGCCACUGUUACUAUGAAAGGAGUGAUGACGACAGUCAGUGAUAUUGGCGUCAGUGUAGUGUUUGCUCAUGAUCUACGUAACCCGCUACACUUUGGCCAGAUGAAGGUCUAUGUUGUGGAGCCUGUUGCCAUGGACUUUGCUCCUUGCCCAGUAGAGGCCAAGUUGGGCCUCAUUUUGGACCUGCCCCUAAGGAUUUUUGGUUUGCUGGAAGAGUUGGAGAAAGAGCGAGUCAUGUUGAGUGACUGCUCCCACUUUGACCUGUUGGUUGAGGAAGAGAGCCAUGGUGUCUUUGAACUGUUAGAUGGGAGGCUGGCUCCAGGCCAGGACCACUGCAGUGGAGUGAGAGCCAAGGCCCUGUCUCCUGGCUACACUGUCCUUAGGGUCAGCUACACUCAUGGCAAUGUUUACCUCAGUGCCAAAAUAACCAUUGCUGCUUACCUUCCCCUCAGAGCAGUUGACCCUGUAUCUGUGGCUGUGGUCACUCUGGGAUCGUCUAAAGACUUGUUGUUUGAAGGCGGACCCCGACCCUGGGUUUUAGAACCCUCGAAGUUCUUCUGCAGUUCAAGAGCUGAAGAUGAGACCAGCCUGAGCCUUACACUCACAAGUCCAUCAUCUCACAACUACAAUCACCACUGGGUCAGAGCUACCUGCAAGGCCCUGGGAGAACAGGUGCUGGAGGUGACAGUGGGGAACAAGGCCAGUGUAACCAACCCUUAUCCUGCUGUGGAGCCGGCAGUGGUCAAGUUUGUGUGUGCACCUCCAUCACGCCUCACCUUAGUCCCUGUUUAUAACAGCCCACAGCUGGACCUGUCCUGCCCACUGCUGCAGCAGAACAAACAAGUGGUUCCCGUUUCAAAUUAUCGUAACCCCAUUUUAGACUUGGCUGCAUUUGAUCAGCAAGGAAGGAAGUUUGACAACUUCAGCUCACUGAGCAUGUUGUGGGAAUCGACACAGAGGUCACUGGCUAGUAUUGAACCCAGUAUGCCCAUGGAGCUUCUGCUGCUUGAGGACAGCAACAGCAAACGGAUGAAACUUCAUGGUCGUCAGACGGUGCUUGUCCAUCAACAGACAGGCAUUGCUGCCAUUACAGUGACAGCUAUUGGAUACCAGGUUCCACAUUUAACAGAAGCCCAAGUCCUCAGUCCAUAUGAACCCCUGACACCUGUCUCAGCCACACUGGAGCUUAUGUUAGUUGAAGAUGUGAAGGUUUCUCCAGACACAGUGACCGUAUACAACCACCCAGAUGUGCAGGUGAAUCUGGCCCUGCGAGAAGGUUCAGGGCACUUUUUUCUCAAUACCAGUGUAAAAGGGAUUGCAGAUGUGGUAUUCCAGGAAGCCAAAGGCACAGCUCAGGUUUCUGCAGUCCAUCCAGGCACGGUGAAGGUGAUGGUUCAUGACCUUUGUCUGGCUUUUCCAGCACCUGCCAAAGCCACCGUUCAUGUUUCCGACAUCCUGGAGGUUUAUGUCAGAGUGGUAGAAAAGGUGGAGAUUGGCAAAUCUGUGCGAGCUUAUGUCAGAGUCUUGGAUGAAAAUAGAAAGCCCUUCUCAGCCAGCUAUUUCCAAUUCAUGAAUCUUAAACUCAAGGCAGCUUCUGCAAUAGUCACUCUCAUGCCGCUAGCAGAGUUCACAGAAAAUGACACUGCUGUUUUCCUGGUGAAAGGAGUCUCUAUUGGUCAGACCACUCUGUCAGCUCUUGUUAUGGACAAAGAAGGGAGAAAAAUUGCUUCUGCUCCUCAGCAAAUUGAGGUGUUCCCACCUUUCAAACUUAUCCCAAGGAAAAUGACUCUGUUAAUCGGUGCAAUGAUGCAGAUCACAUCCGAGGGUGGUCCUCAACCUCAGUCCAAUAUCCUUUUCUCCAUUUCCAAUGAGGAGAUAGCUUCGGUUAAUCCCAUGGGCCAUGUCAGGGGUGUUGCUGUUGGUAACAUUACAGUAACUGGGAUGGUUCAGGCUGUUGAUGCAGAGACUGGGAAGCUAGUUGUCAUAUCUAAGGACCAAGUAGAAGUUGAGGUUGUGGUUUUGAUGGGCAUCCGAAUCAGAGCACCUGUUACAAGAAUGAAGACAGGAACACAGAUGCCUGUGUAUGUGAUGGGGCUGACUAAUAGCCAAACACCCUUCUCCUUUGGCAGUGUUCUGCCCAGUCUCACCUUUCACUGGUCCACCACCAAGAGAGACAUUCUGGAUAUCCAGCCCAGACACAUUGAGGCAAAUGCUGAACUACAGUUCGAACACAACUUUGGCAUGAGGGUGACAGGAAAGACAAGAGGGCGGACAGGACUGAAGGUGGUUCUCAGAGUUACUGACCCCAAGGCUCAGCAGCUAGAAGGGAAUCUGCAAGAGUUCAGGGAUGAGAUCCAGAUCCAGGUUUAUGACAAGCUGCGCAUGCUUAAUCCUCAAGUAGAAGCUGAGGAGUUAUUGAUGGCUCCAAAUUCUGCCCUAAAACUCCAGACUAACAGGGACGGUGCAGGUGCGCUCUUCUACCGGAUGCUUGAUUGCCCUGACCAGAUUGUUGUUGCUCAAGUUGAUGAGAAAGGCUCUCUCUCCUCUGGGUCUCUCACCGGUAUCUCUUCCCUGCUGAUCACCUCACAAGAGACCUUGGGUGUCAAUCAAACUCUCAUCCUCACUGUGAAGGUGUUGCCUGUGUCCUACAUCCGCUUCAGUACCAGUCCGGUGCUCUACACACGCACCAAAGAGAGCCUGAGUGCCUUCCCUCUGGGAGUACUGCUCACCUUCACUGUUCAUUUUCAUGCCAGCACUGGAGAGAUUCUACACUGCUCCAACUCCCAUCUUACAUUUUCAAUAAACAGAGAUGACCUUGUGCAGGUGGGGGUUGGGCCCAAUAACCACACGUUAACAGUAAGAACUGUCAACGUGGGUCUCACACUCCUUGCUGUGUGGGAUACUGAAAACAUGGGCAUGGCGGACUAUGUUCCAAUACCUGUUAAUCAUGCCAUCCAGAUACACGAGGCUCAAAAACUGGUGGUGGGAGAUGUGGUCUGCUUUGAUGCCCAUUUAACAAAUGCACAUGGUGAUCAUGGUACCUGGAGUUCUUCUUCUGAUGGUGUUCUUGAGGUGGACCCUAAAAGUGGUGCAGCUGUAGCCAGAGACUCUGGGACAGUUACUGUGUACUAUGAGAUACCUGGUGUUUUGAAAACAUACAGAGAGGUAGCAGUGGAAGAACCUAACAGGAUGGCAGCCAUGGCGCAGGCUGCACCUGUCAAGACUGGCAAGGAGACAAAGGUUCUUCUUACUACCAGGGAAAGAGGAACCAAUCUUAUUGGAACCUGUUCUUCUACUCAGAUUGAAGCCAUUUCAGAGCUACAGCCAGAAACAUCUGUGAGCUGCCAUCUCAGCUUCACCAGUGACAAUGUUGACUUCUCUGUUAACGAUGUCUUCAAAACCAAAAUGAGCUUUGACUCAAGCAUUGGUCUCUACACAUGCUCUAUGACCUUGCAACCCAAGACUGACCAGCAGAGCCGUGCUCUCAGCAUGUCCAUGACAAACCUCCUGGUGAAGCCAGGUCUGGGAGGCAGUGCUUUUGCUGGGGAGCAAGCCAGUGUCAGGCUGCCUAUAGAGCCUGGCCUGUACUCAGACCAGACUGAGCUGCUGCUCUCAAACCUACAUCCAUCUGCUGAAUUAACAGUCUAUGGCCCCACUGCUGCCCUGUCCAACAUGGAGGUGGUGUCUACUUCUCCCAGCAUUGCCGUCCAAGAGAAGGAGGUCAACAGAGGUUUCCCAAGUUACUCAAAGUACAUUGUUAGUGCUGUGGACCCUCAGACAGCAACUUCAGCUUCUAUUGCAAUAAGCAGUCCUUCUAGCCAAAGUCUUGUCAUCCCAGUUACUUUGAUUCAUGUGGCUGACCCCAGCGCUGCCACACAAGCAGCUGCUCCUCAUGUUGGCAGCAUGGAGAUGGGCCACUCCCUGCACAGCUUCAUAAACAGCUACCAGAUGAUGUUCUGCACCUUGUUCGCUCUGCUGGCUGGUACAGCCAUCGUCAUCAUCGUCCUCCAUUCUGUGUUCACUCCAAGGGAACAAGCGUAUCACUCUACUUUCAUCCAGAGGACACCACCACCUGUCACAGGUUUAAACUCACCAGUGGGGAGCCCUUUUAACAGCAUACCCAGGAUGGACCCAAACGGCAGUCCCAGGUCGCGUCUGUACUCUCCAGCCUACAAGUCUUGAUGAAGCCAUCUCCAUGGUCUUUAGAUUCAUCAAAAUCACAACACCACAAGCCUUUAAUUUCUAUUGAAUGUGCCUCCAUCCCUCAGGGACAUUCAACCGCGGCUGACAGAAAAAGUAUCUGGUUGAUUCUUUAAAUGAUGGUACGUAAUUCUUUAAGAUGUAUUAUUUUUAGAAUUACAUAGCAGUUUAAAAGGUGAUGCAAGAUCAGUACAGGGCUAUUUACAUUUUUAAAAUGUUUUUUUUUUUUGUGUGUGUGUGUGUGAAAAUAUGCUGCGCUUUGUCUAUAGAUUGUGUGUACACAACUAUACAUACAUAGUGUGUAUUUUGUGGUUUGCCAUGAAAAGUUUUUAUACAAGACCACUUCAUUAAUGACAUGUUUUGAACAGUGUUUAAAAACCAAAUCAUUAGCUUGUGCUUAGUUGCUUUUUUGUGUCUAAUGUGUCAAACUCAGGAGAACAAUCUUGUUAAAAAGGAAUCAUUUACUUGAUAUUUAUUUUUGUAAGCUGAAAAAGACCUUUAUGUUGUAGCUUUUACAUUUUGAAAAACUGUCAUCCACUGAAUCCGUCCUCAAAGGUGAUGGACCCUUCAAAUGUGUAUAAUCCCAGGUAGUUUGAGAAAAGGUUGGUCUUUUAGUUUCUCUGAAGAAAAGCUAUAUAAUUUCCUAAUCGUUCAACCUUUUUGUCAUUUUGAGCCACAAUACAUGCAGCUUCUGUUUGAUUCAUUAAUGUGAAAUGGUAGAAAAUGUGAACAUGAUUCAGUUUUUAUCUACAGUUGGUGUUUUUUUUCUUCGUUAAAGCACUCACAUGUGACCUGGUCGAAUAUCUGAAUCUGUGAUGCUUCUCUUUGUUCUGGCAGCCCACAUGAAAGAUCACUGAAACUAUGUUGAAUUGUUAGGACGUCAUAGUGUGACUGUUUUAAAUUGCUUAUUUUUGUAUAUGAAGAACAAUAUUGACACAAAAAAAUGUAUUUAUGUUUGCUGUUUUGUUUCUAAGACUGAUUUUCUUGCCUUUGAAUCUAAUCUGAGCAGCUUUCAGCGAAUGAUACAUAUAAACAAGGUGUGGUUGUUAGUGUGUUUGCACUUGCCUUUGCUAAUUAAAGUUUUUACUUUUUAUGUUCA